AUGAAGUUUGAGAACGUGCUGGCAGAGCUGAAUGGCUUUGGUAGAUUCCAAUUAAAGACGAUCCUCUUGAUGGUAAUUCCUCGUAUGACUUUGCCUUUUAACUUUCUGCUGAAUAAUUUCAUCGCGGCUAUUCCGUCUCACCACUGCGACAUCAGCUCUCUGGAUGACGGAGGACUUUUUAGGAAUUUAUCCCAAGCGGAGAGGCUUCUUGUUAGUGUUCCACUCCAGGAGGAUGGGACUCCGAACUCGUGUCAGAUGUUUGCAGAGCCUCAAUAUCAUCUGCUGCUCAACUCCUCCAACAUGACUGAGCUACCCACAGUGCCGUGUCAGAAUGGAUGGGUAUAUGACAACACCACCUUCAGGUCUACUCUGGCCACAGAGUGGGAUCUGGUUUGUGAUAAAAGAAGAGUGAACAGAGCCACAGCCACUAUCUUCUUCAUGGGGGUCAUGGUUGGAGCAGCAGUGUUUGGCUACUUUAGUGACAGGUUUGGCCGAAAAAUCAUGCUUCUGGUGUCAUAUGUGACAGCUGCCAUCUUUGGAUUUGCAAGUGCUUUCUCAUAUAAUUUUACCAUGUUUGCUGCCAUGAGGUUCUUCACUGGACUUGGAAUGUCUGGAAUAAGUAUUAUCACCAUCGUCCUUUGUAUUGAAUGGGUGGACAUUAAGCAUCGAACUGCAGUGGGCGUUCUUAUGAGCAUGGACUGGAGUGUUUGCACUGCUGUGCUACCUUUGGUGGCCUAUUUUGUGAAUGACUGGAGGCACCUCACUGCCGUAGCAACCACCCCGCUGUUUCUCGCAAUGAUUUCCUGGUGGUGGCUCCCCGAGUCUGCCAGAUGGCUGAUAAGUACUGGAAAGGUCAAGAGGGCUCACUUUUACUUGAGCAAGUGUGCAGAAGCCAACGGCAGAGAGCAGUUCAUGGCUGACGUAAAGCCUGAGGUUCUGUCCAAAGUAAUACUUGUAGAAAAUGAAAACAGGAAAUAUUCCUACCUGGACCUUGUGAGGACACCCAGAAUGAGGAGGCUGACUCUACUUACUGCCAUUGUUUGGUUUGGAGUGGCCUUUACGUAUUAUGGAAUCAGCUUGAAUGUCGCUGGAUUUGGUCUUAACAUUUAUCUCACACAGUUCAUCUAUGGAGCCAUUGAACUUCCAGCAAAAGCAUUUAUCUUUUUCUCUCUGAGCAAAACUGGCCGAAGGUUGAAUCAAACAGGAACACUUCUUACGACUGGACUGUGUAUAUUCUGCAACAUGUUUGUCCCUAAAGAUAAGGGGCUGUUUCAGACAGCUGUGGGGGCUUUGGGCAAAAUGUUCUCCGAGGCAACUUUUACAACUGUAUAUCUGUACACAUCAGAGCUUUACCCCACAGUAAUGAGGCAAAAUGGAUUGGGGUUCUGUGCUAUCAUGGCCCGUUGCGGUGUGUCUGUAUCCCCCCUGAUCAUGCUUCUAGAAGAAGUGUGGGGCCAUUUGCCGAGUACUAUUUUCUCCCUGGUGGCUGUUGGUGCAGGGCUAUCAGCUUAUUUUCUACCAGAGACAAAAAACAUCCGUCUACCAGAGACUAUUGAGGAUGUGGAACUAACAAGGAGAAGAUCAAUCUGCACAUCUGACGAGAAAGCUCAACUCUAAAUGGACCUCAUCUUCAUUGCAACCAAAAGGCCUCCAUGUUUAGUUGCAGGGUAGAUCAGUGGGAAUAAUGUGUUUUAAUGUACAGUAAUGAACAAACCAUUGUUUCUUAAAGAAUUUUUUAGUGCAUUUCUUUAAAAAUGUGAUCAAAUACUACUGAUUGAUGACUGAUUUUUGUGUUUCCUGAAUAAAGAAAAGAUAUUUCUUAAAAAAAAAAAGAACCUGAGGGGGCAGAAGGUGAUGUUAAAAUCUAGGAGACAGACUUAAGUUUAAUGCAUUGUUUUAAAGAUGGGAACAUGUGGAUGGUAAAGGGUAAAAGGAUGCAAGAAAGGGGAAUGAUAUGAGAAGGGGGCAAUCUGAGAUGGCAGAUUGUUCUGCCUAGCCCGCUGGAGAAAAACUGAGGAAGGAUACCCACUUGACAACGCAGAAAUGUCAACCUACUCAAGGCCAACAUGCUCAAGGCCAACAUGCUCAACACUGUAAUGUACAAUCAUGUUGUAUAUGUUUUCUUUUCCAGGACACACUGGGCUACGUGCUGCAGUGAUGUCAUGAAUAUAUUACUGUACACACAGGGACACAUUGCACAAGACCAGUGGUUCCCAUCUGGUCCAGCCAAGUUCAAGGUCCAUACAAUUUAAUAUAUUCAGUGUCAUACUUGUGUUUGGCCAUGCUGUCGAGCUAGUUUGCUGUCUCCCUCAA